CAUCCCUUUGGAAAGAAGGAGAAAAUUCACACAGACUAACGACGGCGAAAAGAAAAAGAGCGAGGGAAAAACCGAGAGAAGCGAAAGCAAAAAAAAAAAAAAAAAAAAAAACAAGCCAGAUGAAAGAGCUGGAUACUGAGGAGGGAGCCCAGCAACGACCAGAAUAUACUCUUUAAAUCUCUCCACAGCCAUGCCGCUGCACAAAUCAUCCCGGGCCCCUCGCCUGGACCCUACUAUGAUAUCGGCCCCACUAGGUGACUUUCGCCACACCAUGCACAUUGGGAGGGGAGGUGACGCCUUUGGGGACACCUCCUUCCUGUCCACUCUUGGUCCGAGCUCAGCAAGCCAAGCCGACUCAGUGAGCACAGCGACCAUGCCAGCCGCUGACUCCCAGGCAGCAGUCAACCAUAGUGAUCUUUAUACAGAUGCUCCAGGAAGCCCACAGAGCAAUGACCUUCAGCACUCUGAGUCAGUGUCUUCAUUCACCCUGGACCUGGAUUUGGAUCUCGGCCCGUCUAUGCUGGGGGAUGUACUCGGGGUGAUGGACGGUUUGGGGCUUGACUCCAAUGAGGAGGAUGUGUUCAGUCCCAAGAGUGACACUUCCUUGGUGGGCACAAAUCAGGGAAAGGGAGCUAUGGAGAUGUCUGUGAACAUGCAGAACGAACUGAACGGGAAGAACUUGAUUGGGCUGGAUGGAAGCCAGGUGGGAGACGGCAGGAUACCAGAUGGGAAUGGGUUCAAGCCAAAGGGGUUACGACCAAAAGUGCGAUUCAGUGACAAACGGGAGGAGAUUGUUCGCCAAGCGUCCGAAGAGGAAGAAGGUCAGGGGUUUGACUUCCAGGAUGAGGACCAGCUGGCGUGUCGCAGUCCAACGAGGGUUGAGGGCGAGAGGGGCGAGAGCAGAGUAGGUGGAGGGGAAACUGGAUUCACCAAUCACAAAGUAGAUUUGCCACCGAGUCCGGCCUCGUCGCACAGCUCAGAGUAUGAAGGAGUUACCUCAUUGGACAGGAGGAGGGUCGACAGCUGCCACUCAGAGACUGAUUCAGAGGAGGAAGAGGAGGAAGUAGGACGGGGCUACACAUUUGAAGAUGAGUUUGAUGAUGAAAUUGGUCUAUAGGGGAUCGGUACAAUUUUCCCUUUGAAAACAGAUGUUUGCUGUCAAGUAAAACAAGUAAAAUACUGUAUUUUUCUGAACUCAUUUCACCAUCAUUUUAAUGGGAGGCUUUGACAGUUUGGAAACUGGAUUUAUCAAGACUCAGUGAAAGAUACACAGUUUGACGAAGUUCCUCAACUGGAAAAUGUAUUUAGCAUUUUAUCUAUAAGGGUAACAGAUUUGCAAAAGACUGUCAUUUUGAUUAGAAAAAUCAAAUCAAAAAUGUCGCUUAGGUUACUACAGUGAAAGGUUUGUAGCACUUUGAUUUAUUUCAUUCAUCUGGAAGAUUUGCUAUGAAACUGAUGCUCAGUGGAAAGUUUGAUUCCAGUUAAAUUUAUGAUACUACAUUAUUACUAUUUACAGUGUUUUAUAUAUGUCAAUGAAAACACACACGUGUUUAUUCAGCUUUAUAUUAUAGUGACUUAAAGGAGCCGUGUGCUUUCAUUAUUGUACCCUCAUUGUGCCUUAUCAAUGUCUUAUAGUUGUUUCUUGAAUUGCAUGUUUAUUACAAUGUCCAUGUCUUCUCAGACGUUGUCAGAAAUAGAGUUAUCCUGUGUAUAAUAAAUUACUGCGAAUUUCUCACAUUCCAAAUCUGACAGAUUCUCUGGUUUGGACCAAAUCACUUUUCAUAGUGCAGUUAUUUAGCAUGUUUUCAAGUUACCAAAGCUUUUCUUUGGGCUGUGGGGCUGGACGAAUGACUGUUAAAAUGUUAAGACAAUCAUGGGAUUUUAAAGGUUGAUUGUAAAUCAGAACCAGCGGUGUAUUUGUUAAUUUUUUUUUUUUUUGCUUGAAUAAUGCUUUCUUUUGAAAAAGUAUGUUAUAUCAUAAUGCUGUAAAAGAGAAAUGCGCUCAUCUGUUGAAAAUGCUGGUUCAAAUGUGUUAUGCUGUGGUUUAAUAAGGACUACACUGAAAACAAUAAAACAAUUAUUGGGAUUUUAAAAAA